AUGGAUUCGUUUAUGCUAUCUGUAAACGGCGUCUUGUACACUGAAGCUCCUGAGAUUCAGAGAAAGAGAGACCCGUUCUCGGGUCCGGAUGAGUCCAUAGCACCUUGGAACUUCAAACUUUUGGCAGCGUUAAUGUUCUUUAUAACAUCUUUGUCACUUUCUGAGAAUUUUAUUGUGAUGCUUGUGACGUUUAAGUUCAAACAGUUAAGACAGCCCUUGAAUUAUAUCAUUGUCAACUUGUCUCUGGCUGAUUUUCUGCUCUCUCUAAUUGGCGGGACUAUUAGUUUUCUGACUAAUAGUAAAGGUUAUUUCUUCAUGGGAUCUUGGGCUUGUGUACUGGAAGGAUUUGCAGUUACAUUCCUCGGGAUUGUUGCUCUUUGGUCAUUGGCAGUUCUUGCCUUUGAACGCUUUUUUGUGAUCUGCCGUCCACUGGGUAAUAUUCGCUUACGGGGGAAACAUGCUGCCUUUGGACUGUUGUUCGUAUGGUCCUUCUCUUUCAUCUGUACCAUCCCGCCUACCAUGGGUUGGAGCAGCUACACUGUCAGCAAGAUCGGGACAACCUGUGAACCUAACUGGUAUUCAGGGAAUUACUUUGACCACACAUAUAUAAUCACAUUCUUUGUAACCUGCUUUAUACUGCCAUUGGGCGUAAUCAUUGUAUCGUAUGGAAAGCUCAUGAGAAAAUUAAGAAAAGUGUCAGAUACUCAAGGGCGCCUGGGUAACACAAGGAAACCAGACAGAGAAGUUGCGCGCAUGGUCAUUGUAAUGAUCCUGGCAUUUAUUAUCGGCUGGACACCCUACUCUGUUUUUUCCAUUCUUGUCACAGCAUGCCCGAAUAUUCAUCUGGAUCCACGGCUGGCCGCAAUCCCAGCCUUUUUCGCCAAAACGACCACGGUUUACAACCCAGUGAUAUAUGUGUUUAUGAACAAGCAGUUCAGGAAAUGUUUGAUUCAGCUGUUCAACUGCAACACAAACGCAGCAGGGUUGAAUGCCAACCAGACUACAAAUAGGGGGGCUGCAACUGGUGAAAGCAAUGAUGGAGAGAUGUCUACCAUCGCUGCCUGCAUUGCCACUUCAAACAAAGCUGCUGGGAAAACAGAGGAAGAGGAAAACCCAUGCAGCUCCUUUGCUCAAGUGUCAAUUCCUGAAAACAAAAUCUGUCCCAUCUAA